GACAUUUUCACACAGUUUGGGGUUAUGCAGUGAUCAGAGCUAGAUAUCAAGGGAAACUUACAUUUUUCUGUUUUCAUUGUUUUAUUUGUGUAUUUGAAUAGACAAAUACACUAUGAAUUUGGUGAAACUCAUUUUAAUCCUCCAAACGCUUCAAUCUUGUCAAGCAUAUAAAGAUGACUCCUCUCAAACUAGAAAAAAUGCAUCACAAUCGGAGCUUGAUAAGAAUCAAACUGAGCCCUAUAUAACUCAACAAUCCAAUGCAUGCUCCUGGAGUCCCAGGAUCCUUAGAGAUGAGAUAUGGACUUCAGUCACAUUCACUGCAGAGUCCAGAGACCAAGUAGCCCAUCAGAUCUGUAUGGAACUUGGCUGUGGUGGAGUCUACAGUCUUACUGAGACCAGCGCACCACCCAACAGUACCUGCCUCACAAACUGCACCUACCAUGAAUAUCGUCUUCAGAACUGCUCCCAAGUUGUGAGGAUUAAUUGCACAAUGGUGUCCGAUGUCGUUUGUGAGCAUCAGGCUGUGAGGCUGGCUGGAGGCGAGCACCGCUGUGCUGGACGUGUGGAGCUGUGGAGAGAGGCGCAGCAGUGGGGCACGGUGUGUGAUGAUGAGUGGGACUUGGGGGACGCUGAUGUGGUAUGUGCCCAGCUUGGCUGUGGGUAUGCUUUGAGUGUGACAGGGCAGGGUGGUGCCUUCCCUCAGGGCAAGGAUCCCAUCUACCUGGAUGAGCUGAAAUGUACUGGCAAAGAGGGCAACCUGUGGCAGUGCCCAGCGUCAAGUGAAAGCCAUGACUGUGGGCACAAGGAGGACGCUGGGGUGGUUUGCUCAGAGCUGAAGGCAGUGAGGCUGACCGGAGGUGUGGACCGCUGUUCUGGUAAAGUGGAGAUCCACCGUAAUGGAUCAUGGGGGACAGUGUGUGAUACCUGCUGGGGGAAGGAGGAAGCCUCAAUGGUGUGUUCCAUGUUGGGCUGUGGGGAGCCAGUUCAUUUUGCAGCUUUCAAACCCCCUUUCACUCACAACGAUGGUACCCUGUGGUACUACCAAUGCUUUUCAAAUCACCCAGACCUUUGGCAGUGUGAGGAGUUUGCCAACAAGACACUAUUUUGCACUGACUCUAAAGCGGCUGGACUUAUUUGUAGUGGAUCACAUGGACGAUAUCUUCCAGUUACAACAGAAGCAGCUACAACAGUACUAAGCAGGACGCAAGGCCCAGUGACUACAGCCAGUGUAUCAAAUCAUGGCUUCCCAUUCUCCAUGUCCUUAGAGCUGCUGGGGUGCAUCUCCCUGUCCUUCCUUUUGCUCAUGGCUCUGGUCACAAACUCUCUGCUUUGCUGCCACUACAGGAGGAGAGAUGCUCUCUUAGUCCAGCAGCGACAUGCUAACCUGCAGACGCCAACUGAGCUUCAUGACAACGACUACCGGGACUCUGUGAAUCUCAUCAAGGUCACAACCAGCAGCCCAACAGAAAAUGAUGUCCCAUCAAAUCCCAGAUAUCAGUGGACCCAGAGUAGUGUGGACAGCACCUCAGUGGAUACAGACUAUGAGCAGUGUGAUCUAAGCACAGAGGCAGCUGUGCAUAUGACCACCUUUCAGAAUUCUAUACGAUACAAACAAGAUACCAGGAACCCUUUUAUGAGGGCUACAGCUCUGGACAGUCUAUCUGAGGAAGCACAUGCAGGAGACAACCAUAACGUUUUCAUAGGAGGCAUUGUUGACCAAGAUCCAGGAUGCAAUUUAGGACCCCCAAGUGUGGACUCCUUUGAUUCUUCCAGCACCUCUUCCGAGGAAUGCUAUGAAAACACAGGCAAAGAUGUAGAGAAUAUAGUGACAUCAGAGGGAAUGGAUCCAUGGCAACCUCCAGUUACCCACAAUGCAAAUAACCACCUGAUGCUUUCAAGGAACCCUGAUCAAACCCAUUCACAUGACCAGGGAGUGGCUGAUGGGAACAGUGGUGAUUAUGAGGAGGAGGGCCACCUGAACUUUCCUGACCCCAACCAGUCCCCCUCAGAGGGUGACUAUGAUGACAUCGCUAACUACCUGGACUCAAACCCAAAGCAAGGCUACUGAAUGAGCUGGAAGGACCUACGUUUUACUGUAUAUGUCAAUGUUUCUGUUAAUAUAAAAGAGUGGCUAGCUAAUUGUUUGCAAUGUUUGAAAUUAUGUAUUAAUGUAUAGCAUACAUUAGUAGGUAUGUUUUGUAUUUUGUGUUUUUGGGUGUGAUAAUAAAAAUGUAAAAUUUG